CGUCACAUCUCUGAUGCCUGAGCAACAAUAACAAAAAGUCCUCACAGUAGGAUACAAACGUACUUUUUUAAAGGUUUUUAAGAUUAAAUGUCGACAAUGUGGCCAACGCCGUACUUAGCAUCCAGUAGUUCACGUCGAAGAUGGAAUACGCUUUUAUUCUAGUCAGAGAAAACACUGCAGUUUAGACAGCCAGGACUUAGAUAACCGCUUUCAGCGCCAAACUACGUUAAUUACAUUAAUUCAUUUAAGUUAAUCCUCUCUUGUGUUGGUACGUCUCCCACGGUGAUUUCUCUGCCGCGAUGAGUCCCAGGGUUUGCAAGGCGUGUGGGUGUGCUGAGAUCGAUCUGGACCAGGCCAGGGGAAAUGCAGUUUGCACCAACUGUGGUUCUGUGUUGGAGGACAACAUCAUCGUCUCGGAGGUCCAGUUUGUUGAAGGCAGCGGUGGGGUCACUUCGGCUGUGGGCCAGUUUGUCUCUUCAGAUGGUCCAGAGAAAGCCCCCCUUUUGGGCAGUGGUUUCCACACCAGUAUUGGAAAAGAGUCGCGUGCUCAGACCCUCCAGAACGGGAAGCGUCAGAUCCACCAGCUGGGCAGCCAGCUGCAGCUGAACCAACACUGCCUUGACACCGCCUUCAACUUCUUCAAGAUGGUGGUCAGCAAACAGCUGACCCGCGGCCGCAAGAUGGCACAUGUUAUCGCAGCCUGCCUCUACAUGGUCUGCCGAACAGAGGGGACGCCCCACAUGCUGUUGGACCUCAGUGACCUGCUGCAGGUCAAUGUCUACAUUUUGGGGAAGACAUUCCUUCUGUUGUCCCGGGAGCUCUACAUCAACGCUCCUGCUAUUGACCCCUGUCUCUACAUCCCGCGCUUCGCCCACAUGCUGGAGUUUGGGGAGAAGACCCACCAGGUGUCCAUGACGGCUCUCAGGCUGCUCCAGAGGAUGAAGAGGGACUGGAUGCACACCGGGCGCCGGCCCUCCGGCCUGUGUGGAGCAGCUCUCCUGGUCGCAGCACGGAUGCAUGAUUUCCGGCGUACGGUGAAGGAGGUGAUCGGGGUGGUGAAGGUGUGCCAGGCGACUCUGAGGAAGAGACUCACAGAGUUUGAGGACACGCCCACCAGCCACCUGACCAUCGAUGAGUUCAUGCGCGUGGAUCUGGAGCAGGAGUGCGACCCUCCCUCCUUCAUUGCCGGUCAACACAAGACCAAGAUCCAGCAGUUGGAGCAUGAGUUGGCUAAGAAGCUGAAUGAAGUCGAAGGGGAGAUCAGCGGCUACCGGGACGAGAUUGAGACGGAGCUAGCCAACAGCAUGCCCAAGCUCAGCGGGAUGUACAGCGCCUUCGCCAAGCACACAGAGGUCCCAGACGAGGAGGAGGAGGAGCAGGAGGAGGAGGAGAAGCUGGGCCUGGCCUUCGGCCGGCCCGAGGGCGAGGACAUGGAGCUGCAGGUGGCUGCCCAGCAGCUCACCCAGGACUUCCUGUGUCAGGUGCUGGAGGAGGUGGAGCAGGAGCCGGGGACGAGGCCGUCAGGGGGCAUGCCGGGGUGCCGGCCGUGCUCCCAGUCGCUGAGCUCCAUCCUGGGGAUCGGGCGCCCCGUCCACGUCUCCCCGGUGGAGCCGGAGGACGCCCAGUCAGAGAGUGGGGAGCUGGACCUGGAAGGCAUCGAUGACCAGGAGAUAGAGAAGUACAUCCUGAACGAGCGCGAGGUGGAGACCAAGACGGAGCUCUGGAUGAAACAGAACGAGGACUACCUGAAGGAGCAGAAAGAAAAGGAAUUACGAAUAAUCAAAGAAAAGGAGCUGGGAACCUAUAAGGUGAAGAAGAGUAAGAAGCGCGCUCCCAUCCAGGCGGCCACGGCGGGCGAGGCCAUAGAGAAGAUGCUGGAGCAGAAGAGGAUCUCCACUAAGAUCAACUACGAGGUCCUGAGGGACCUGAACCAGGGGGGCAGUGGACCCAGCAGCCCGCCCCCGCCCCCCUCAGAGUCCUCCUCCUCCAGCACCUCCACUGGACGCCCCCGACCGCCUCGCCGCAAGAAACCCAACCGCAAGACCAACAGCCUGGCCGCCACGGCCAGCAUCAUGGGGAAACGACUCCGUCCGUUAGUGUCGUCCAUACCAAAGAAGAAGAGAGACACGUCCCAGGUUAACCGGCCAACGGCUCCUGGGCAACCGGCUCCAUCCACCCCAUCCACCCCACUCCCUCCAGUCACGCCCCAAACAACAGACACACCUCCAAGACAAGCUACACCUCCACAGCUAGCCACGCCUCCCAGGGACGCCUCGACCGCUCGUGAAGCCACACCCCCUCUGGAGACUUUGGAGGAGGAGGAGGCGGAGCCUUGUGUCAGCGUUAUGCAGCUGAUGGCGGGAAAUGAGUACGGCUGUGACACGGAGGAGGAAGAGGAGUUCUUUUGAACCGAUUCUCCUGACCUUUGACCCCAGGACCGUCCAUUCUAGGUCAGCACUUCGUAGCGUAGCAUCGGCUGGUUUCCCUUGAUUCUGAUUGGCUGCUGGCCUGGGUCAACCAGAACCAACCUCCACCCACACUCCUCCAUUCCAUCACAGACUGUUGACAAGUGGACUUUGAAUGUUGUUUUUAAUGUUUUUAGUGUGCUUUUAAAUGUAUGUAUGUUUCUAAGGCAGCUGCUUGUUUCAUAAGAACUCCUACUUUGUGUAUAUUGUGUAUAUUCUUCAAGUACUGAUAAUAUUAUGGACUACAUAUUGUUUUGAAAUGUUAUGUACUUCUCUUAUGUAAGAGGAUUAUUUUUAAAUAUGCAAACGUGUAAUUUAUUUUAAUGCACAUGGGUUUACAGUACUAUACUGUGCACUGAUAUGCUUCACUGUUUACUGAUGUAAUAUUUGCAGCGUUCUACCCUCAACCAACAGACAUGGAAGCACAUCUUUCUCCUGGUUUAGAAGUGAAAUUGAUUUAACAUUCCCAAGUGUUCCAACCUUAAAGGGUCAUUAACACUGGACCAAAUCUUCUCUGAAAGUAAUAAUGGACGAAAACAUGCAAUCAGGUUUAUCUUUGUCAUCAGGGCAAAUCUUCCCAGCCGUCUCUGACCCCGCCUCCUUUGUAAUGUCAGAUGAUCUUAGGCCCUCAUGUCCGUUGUCGUGCAUUAAAUGGGCAUUACUCAA